CUUGUGAACCUCCAUAAAUACUCUUAUCUCCAUACCCUACUCUCUCUCUCUCUCUCUCUCUCUCUUCUUGUACUAACACUGCUGUCUUAAUAUCAUCUCAGCAAGCUCUUCCUUCCGGUUAGUUUAUGUGAUCAUGGGAAUUCAGAAGCCUGCAUGGUUGGAAGCUCUUUACACUCAGAAAUUCUUUGUGGGAUGCUCUUAUCAUGAAAGUGCAAAGAAGAAUGAAAAGAACGUUUGUUGUUUGGAUUGUUGCAUUAGUAUUUGCCCUCAUUGUGUUCCUUCUCAUCGGUUUCAUAGACUUCUUCAAGUUCGCCGUUAUGUUUAUCAUGAUGUUGUUAGAUUGGAAGACCUUCAGAAGCUUAUAGACUGCUCUAAUGUUCAGGCUUAUACCAUCAAUAGUGCUAAAGUGGUGUUCAUCAAGAAGAGACCUCAAAACAGGCAAUUUAAAGGGUCUGGUAAUUAUUGCACUUCUUGUGAUAGGAGUCUUCAAGAACCCUUUAUCCAUUGCUCUCUUGGCUGCAAGGUGGAUUUUGUCUUGAAGCACUAUAAGGACCUCUCUCCAUACUUAAGGAGAUGUAACUCUCUAACGCUUAGUCCUGACUUCUUGAUCCCUCAAGACAUGGGAGAGGACGAGGUGACCAAUGAGACACCUCACUCGACGAUCGUAGACUCCGAUGAGCCGAUGAGUUGGUCGUCGGGGUCAUCAGAGAACACGAGUAUGGUAUGCACGGAGAUUGUACGGAAGAAGAGGAGUGGAUUAUACGUAUGUGCAAGAUCAGCUAAUUAUAAAGUUUCUGAUGAGGACAUGGCUACUAGCAUGAGUAGAAGAAAAGGCAUUCCUCAUCGAUCUCCUCUGUGUUAAUUAGAGCUAAUUCAUUAUUAUUAUUAUCAUUAAAAAAAUCAAAAUUUUAAUUAGCUUAAUUAUAGUAAUUUUUAUAUUUUG